UUCCGGGGCAACUCGGUUCUCCGCUGCUAAAGCCCGACAGCCCCGCGCCGCAGCGUCCCGGCCCGCGCCCUGAGAGCCCUCACGUUCCUGUCGCUUCCCAGAGCCAUGGAGGCGGUGCUGCCCAAGGACCUGGCGCAGGACGCCGGCCUGGCCAAGAGGAGACACGCCGAGCUGUGCCGCCAGAACCGGGUCUUUAACGCCAGGAACCGGAUCAUCGGGGGAAACCCAGCUGCCUGGAGUGCUCAGGUUCAUGACCAGAGGAUAAAAGAAGCAACUGAAAAAGCUAGACAUGAAACCUUUGCUGCUGAAAUGAAGCAAAAUGACAAAAUCAUGUGUAUAUUAGAAGAUCGGGAAAGGAGAGACAGGAAAAAUCUCUGUCGCGCCAUCAACAACUUCCAACAGAGCUUUCAGAAGCCAGAAACUCGCCGUGAAUUUGAUCUGUCUGACCCCCUAGCCCUUAAGAAAGACCUCCCAGCCCGGCAGGCAGAUAAUGAUACUCGGAACACGGUGUCAGGGAUGCAGAAAUUCAUGGGAGAGGAUUUAAACUUCCAUGACAGGAAGAAAUUCCAAGAGGAACAAAACAGAGAAUGGUGCUUGCAACAGCAGAGGGAAUGGAGGAAUGCCUGUGCUGGGAGAAGAUGUGCAGAGGACUUGUACACAAAGACAAGGCUACAGUUUGAUGAAACAGCCAGGCACCUACAGAAUCUGGAGAGUGCCACCAGGAAGGGGGUCUGUGCAGCUGUGAAAGAGUUCAACAAGAGCCAGACCUUGGAAUCAGCAGAAAGGAAGAAACUAGAGAAGAAGCAGGAACAGGAAGACAACCUGGCCGAGAUCUCCAACUUGCUUCGUGGGGACUUGCUCUCCGAGAACCCGCAGCAGGCAGCCAGCUCCUUUGGGCCCCACCGCGUGGUUCCCGACCGCUGGAAGGGCAUGACCCGAGAACAGCUGGAGCAGAUCCGCCUGGUCCAGAAACAGCAAGUCCAGGAGAAGCUGAGACUCCAGGAAGAAGAGCGCCAGCGAGACAUGGACUGGGCCCGGCGGAGUAUUCAGGGGGCUCGGGCCACCCUCCUGUUUGAGCGGCAACAGCAGCGCCAGCAGCGCGACCUGCGCAGGGCCCAGGACAACUGCAACUUCAGCCUGGCCAGGGAGCAGGGGAAGAAAUGUAUGGAAGAAGUCUACGCAAGUCAGCCCACAGAAGACUAUUUCACACAAUUCAAUACGCGGAGUCGGUAACGGAGACAGGUUCCCUGUGUUCCCAUGUCGAGUACGGCAACCUUAAAGAGUCAUGUUUACUUUUUAAAAAAUACCCUCCUUGGUUCAGAAGUACCCUUCCACUUUUUGUGUCCGCUGUGGGCAAAGUAUUUAUUAAACCUCUCCCUCUCUCAUGCCGAUGUACAUGAUCGUUUAACUGGCUUCACCACUCUUCUGUCAAGCAUAGGUCUGUCCUCUUAC